AUGAUGUCCAUCCUCUCUGUUCUUCUCUGUCUCGGGCUGAGUCUGGACCAGAGGACCGGGGUGCAGGCAGGCACCCUCCCCAAACACAUCAUCUGGGCUGAGCCAGGCCCUGUGAUCCCUUAUGGGAACCUCGUGACCAUCUGGUGUCAGGGGACUCGAGGGUUUAAAGUGUACAGUCUGUAUAAAGAUAAAAGCCCAGCACCCUGGUACAAACCUAAGCCACUGGAGCCCGGGGAAAAGGCCAAGUUCUCCAUCACACACAUGACAGAGCAUGAUGCAGGGAUAUAUCACUGUUACUAUCACAGCACCGCUGGCGUGUCAGAGCGCAGUGACCCCCUGGAGCUGGUGGUGACAGGAGCCUACAGCAAACCGAGCCUCUCAGCCCUGCCCAGCCCUGUCGUGACCUCAGAAGGGAACGUGACCCUCCAGUGUGGCUCAUGGGAGGGGUUUGGCAGGUUCAUUCUGACUAAAGAAGGAGAUCACAGGCUCUUCUGGUUCCUGGACUCACAGCCACAGGCCAGUGGGCAGUCCCAGGCCCUGUUCCAUGUGGGCCCUGUGACCCCCAUUCACAGGUGGACAUUCAGUUGCUAUGGCUGCUACAGGGACAGGCCUCAGGUGUGCUCACACCCCACUGACAUCCUGGAGCUCCUGGUCCCGGGUGAGUCUGGAAAGCCCUCCCUCCUGAGCCAGCAGGGCCCCAUCGUGGCCUCUGGACAGAACCUGACCCUCCAGUGUCGCUCUGAUGUCGGCUAUGACAGAUUCGCUCUGCACAAGGAGGUGGGACAGGACCUCCCACAGAGCCUUGUCCUGCAGCCCCAGGCUGGGCUCUCUCAGGCCCACUUCCCCCUGGGCACUGUGAGCAGCUCCCAUGGGGGCCGGUACCGAUGCUAUGGUGGAUACAACCUCUCCUCUGUGUGGUCAGCCGCCAGCACCCCCCUGGACAUCAUGGUGGCAGGACACCUGCCUAACAGACCCUCCCUCUCAGUGAAGCCAGGCCCCAGGGUGGCCUCAGGGGAGAACGUGACCCUGCUGUGUCAGUCACAGAGCCCGAGGGACACAUUUCUUCUGUCCAAGGAGGGGGCAGCUGAUCCCCCCCUGCGUCUGAGAUCAGAGCACCGAGCUCAGCAGUACCAGGCAGAGUUCUCCAUGAGCCCUGUGACCUCAGCCCACUGGGGCACCUACAGGUGCUACAGCUCACACAGCUCCUCCCCCUUCCUGCUGUCACUCCCCAGUGAGUCCCUGGAGCUCCUGGUUGCAGGAGCAGGUGACACUCUCAGCCCAUCACCAAGUAGAUCAGACCCCAAGAUCAGUGAGUGGGAGACAUCCUCAGAUAUGGGUUCCCACCCCCAAGACUACACCGUGGGGAAUCUCAUCCGGAUGGGCGUGGCUGGCUUGGUCCUGGUGGUCCUCGGGGUGCUGCUAUUUGAGGCUCGACACAACCAGAGAAGAACCCAUGAUGAAGACAGAGGGUGAGCACAGAGGGGACGGUGCACCGUCCAGAGAUGGGCAGCCUUGGAGCCCAUCUGAUGACCCCAGGAGGUGCUGACAGAUGGGGCCAUUGUUGGGGAAACUCCUGAGAAUGUCCAGGGGAAUAAACAUGAUUUGCAUGCAGGAAA